AAACUCAAUGCCAUCAUUGUUGCAAUCUGGGGAACGCAAGAGAACAGUGUGCAGAACUGGAUUAGGGACUUGGUAUGGAAACAGGUUGAUCUAAACUAUCCAAACAUGCCCGAUGCAAAGGUUCACACUGGAUUUUACUCUGCUUACAAUAAUACACUUUUACGUCCAGUCAUCACAAAUGCUGUUCGCAAGGCAAGGAAAUUAUAUGGAGAUAUUAGCAUAAUAGAUACAGGGUAUUCAAUGGGAGGAGCUAUGGCUUCUUUUUGUGCACUUGAUCUUGCUGUAACCCUACUUGGAAGUGACGAUGUUCAACUUAUGACUUUUGGGCAACCGCGCAUUGGCAAUGCUGUUUUCACAUCUUACUUUACAGAAAUUGUACCCAACACGAUUCGAGUGACACAUGAACAUGAUAUUGUGCAUUAUUUGCCGCCUUAUUUUUCCUUUCUCGCAGACCUAACGUACCACCAUUUCCCUAGAGAGGUGUGGGAACAUGAUGUGGAUGGCAACACAACCUUCCAAGUCUGCGAUGACAGCGGAGAAGACCCAGAUUGUUGCAGGAGCGUGUUUGCGUUGUUCCUGAGCGACCAUCUGACCUACAUGGGUGUUGAAUGUUGA